AUGGUGGGAGUUGUAGUUUUGCAACAGCUGGAGGCUCCUUGGUUGGGAAACCAUGUACUAGGGGACACAUGACUAGAGAGGUGGUGAUGCCACCUGUGAGAGGCUGGUGAGUGGUCAGGACCAGGCGUGCAGCAGUAGGAGGAGGAGGAGAGGGGAGGGCAGCAAGCUGUGUGAUCGGAGCUCAGGGCAGGGACAGUCCCAGAGCUGCCGGAGCUGUCCACACACCUAGUGCUGAACCAACCCCUGCCUGCAAGCGCUGCUGGUCCCCGGGAAGCCUGUGGAGGGCGCUACUGCGCUCAUCCUCACAAGACACGGAGCCAGGGGAUGGCUGCUGGGAGUCUCCAGAGCACAGACAUGAAGAGCUGCAGAUGGUCGCAGGAUGUGACCUGGGAAUAGUAGGUGGUGAGCCCAGCCAUCAUCCAUGAAGAGCCCUGGACAUAUGCCACUAUGCCAAAGAGUUCACACAACUGCUGCCUGCUGCAUCUCCACCAAUAAACUUCUCCAUAUACUGAUCACCUGGAGCUAAGCCAUUUACUAUACUGGAGGACCAAGUGACUGUGAUUCAAAAUGGCUGCCAUAGUGACUACACAAUCAUCCUAUCCAGUGCUGCACAGACUUUCGAUCAGAACUAUUGAUGAGGAUAUAGAAAGAAUUGAAAAUGGAAACAGCAGGGCCCAUUCCCUGUGUGAGGACAACUCAUCAGAGCUCCAGCGUGUUGUUGCAUUGGAUCCAAGAGGCCUUACUGAGUCCCGCAGGAGCUCGUUCACAGGAAGGGGAGGAAUGGCCAGGUUGUCAAGAUUUCUUCUAGCAAUGCGGAACUGGGCAAUAAGACACCUGAAUCGGGAAGAUCAGCGCCCAGACUCUUUUCUGGAGAGAUUCCGUGGGCCAGAUCUUAAAGAAGCAUCUAGCAGGAACAGCUUCACACAUUCUGUAAUAGAAAACCAAAACCCAGACAGGCUAGAAAGAGCACAUAGUCACUGGGUUCUUGCCGAGUUUAAUGUCAACAACAGCAAUAAUACUGAUGACAAAAAGAAUGAUCAGAACGCUGCCAAUGAGAACAAAGAGCAAAAAAAAGAAGAAAAAAAGGAUGCAAAAAAUGAUGAUAAAAAGGAAAAUGAAAAGAAAAGAGAAGUAUUUGUAGUUGAUCCAGCCAGUAACUAUUACUACAGAUGGUUGUCAAUCAUCUCUGUACCUGUGCUUUAUAACUGGUGCUUUCUUGUGUGCAGAGCCUGUUUUGAUGAACUUCAGAAAAAUAACAUAGUCAUGUGGAUGAUACUGGAUUACAGUGCAGAUGCCGUAUACAUUAUGGACACACUAGUAAGAUUCAGAACAGGUUUCCUUGAACAAGGCUUGCUAGUGAAAGAAGCUAAGAAGUUAAAGGAAUACUACACAAAGACUUUGCAGUUUAAACUAGAUAUGUUAUCACUGUUGCCAACCGAUGUAGCCUACUUCAAAGUGGGAUUCAACUACCCAGAACUACGUUUCAACCGUUUAUUACGCUUUUCAAGGAUGUUUGAGUUUUUCGAUCGCACGGAAACUAGAACCAAUUACCCCAACAUGUUCCGCAUUGGGAACCUAGUUCUUUAUAUUCUGAUUAUCAUACACUGGAAUGCAUGCAUUUACUUUGCAAUUUCUAAAGCCAUUGGGUUUGGAACUGACACAUGGGUCUAUCCUAAUAUUUCCCAUCCAGAAUAUGGUCGCCUUGCACGGAAAUAUAUUUACAGUCUUUACUGGUCAACACUCACUCUAACCACCAUUGGGGAAACACCUCCUCCAGUCAAGGAUGUAGAAUUCCUCUUUGUGGUGUUUGACUUCUUAAUCGGUGUUCUGAUAUUUGCCACCAUUGUUGGUAAUGUGGGCUCUAUGAUUUCAAAUAUGAAUGCAUCAAGAGCAGAUUUUCAGUCUAAAAUUGACUCUAUAAAGCAAUAUAUGCAAUUUCGUAAUGUAUCAAAAGAUCUAGAAGCCAGGGUAAUAAAGUGGUUUGAUUAUCUGUGGACCAACAAAAAAACAAUGGAUGAAAAAGAAGUCCUUAAGAACCUACCAGACAAGCUGAAAGCAGAGAUUGCAAUUAAUGUCCAUUUGGACACAUUAAAGAAGGUUAGAAUCUUUCAAGACUGUGAAGCUGGACUACUGGUGGAGUUGGUCCUGAAGCUAAGGCCUCAAGUAUACAGCCCUGGUGACUAUAUUUGUCGAAAAGGGGACAUUGGCCGGGAAAUGUAUAUUAUAAAAGAAGGUAAACUGGCUGUGGUGGCAGAUGAUGGUGUGACACAGUUUGUAGUCCUUAGUGAUGGGAGUUAUUUUGGAGAAAUCAGCAUACUGAACAUCAAAGGAAGCAAAUCAGGGAACAGAAGAACAGCUAACAUUCGGAGUAUUGGUUAUUCUGAUUUGUUCUGUUUAUCUAAGGAUGACUUAAUGGAGGCUCUGACUGAGUACCCAGAGGCUAAGUCAGUGCUUGAAGAAAAGGGUAGACAGAUCCUAAUGAAAGACGGUCUAAUUGAUGAGGAGGCAGCGAAGGCUGGGUCAGAUCCAAAGGACACAGAAGAAAAAGUGGAGAGACUGGAAACUGCUUUUGACAGCUUGCAGACAAGGUUUGCCAGGUUACUCGCUGACUACAACUCCACACAACUAAAACUCAAACAAAGAAUCACUAAAGUUGAGAAGAGGAUACAGGAAAGGAAUUUAGGCAAUGACAACACGUCUGAUGGGGCCGACAGCGCUCCAGAAACGGGCAGGGCCGAGGACAAUGACAAUGACAAAUAAACUCGAGCUGAGCUUUUUUUAUUGUCAAAUGAACAUUGUUUUAUACAUUCUUUAUAUUUGUACUGCAUAGAAUCUCUUAUUUUGGCAAUCUUAGUUAUUUUCAAGCUUAUACAGGGUAAAACAUUUUUACAUAUUUUCUUCAAUGAAAUAUUUUUGUACUAAAGUGCUUUUAGACUUCUUUAGACAAUUACAUGGUACACAGUUUUAUCAGGACUGGAACAGUUUUGUUGUAGGAUAGCAUAGUCAAAUAUACUUUUAUACAAUAUUUUAAAUAAAUAUUGCUCUUGGUACAUUCAUAUAAUAACAAUCCAGGAACAUUUUGUUACCUAUAUGUAUGCCAUUUUUCCCACAGCCAGUCUGCACACACAGCUACAGGAUUGUUCACAUUGAGCAGUAGCUACGCACAAAUCCCCUGUGAUGUUAAAGGGUUAACUGUACAAUUUCAGUAAAGACCAUAAUAUAAUACCUGGUGGGCCUCCGCCUAUUUUUCAGACUGUUUCUAAAUGUUUUUAAGAUAUCUGCUUGCUGUCAGUGAAUCCAGAGGCAACAACAGAAGAGAUGUCAUAUGACGAAACGCGUUGCAUUGUGGGUUAUAGAUUCCCUUGUUAAUUCCGCCUUUGAUCUCUCAGCGCUUGAUUUUAUCCCACCAUACUUAAAGGAAAAAUACUAUUUAUACUAAGAUAUUCUAUGACAUAGCAUUGAACAGUGUAUACCACCCAAGGAUUGCUUUUAAUAGUCCCCUAUGGGGACUAAAAAAUUGUGUAAAAAAUAUUUUAAAAAGAAGUUAAUAAAUGUGAAUUAGCUCCUUCCCUCAUAA